AUGGAGAAAGGAGUCGAUGAAAGUGAAGCGGCCGAAAGGAAAAAAGACCAAAAGGCGCUCACACUUAUCCAUCAAAGUUUGGAUGAGAAGAUGUUCGAGAAGGUUGCUGCGGCAACCACCUCCAAGCAAGAAUGGGAAAUUCUUCAAGCUUCAUUCAAUGGUGUAAACAAAGUGAAGAAAGUGCGUCUCCAAACAUUAAGAGGUGAAUUUGAGUCCCUCCGCAUGAAGGAGUCCGAAUCCAUUUCGGAUUAUAUCUCAAGAGUCUUGGCUAUUACCAAUCAAAUGAAGAGGUAUGGAGGCGAUGUGAAAGAUGAUCGAGUUGUGGGAAAAAUUCAUAGAUCGUUGGAUCCAAAAUUCAACUACAUCGCCGUUGCCACUAAAGAGUCGAAGGACCUAGACACCAUGACCGUUGAUGAACUUAGAAAGAGACUGGACGAGGCCGUGGAGGUGCUCGUGGUCAUGGCGGACGAGGACGAGGACGCGGAAGAGGAAGACAAGGACAACAUGAUUAGGCUUAAUUAUGACUCGACGAAAAACCAAGAAAGAGGUCGAGGUCGUGGACGUGGACGAGGUCGAGGCCCAAGAGGUGAAGGAUAUAGGCCGAAUCAAAGGCACGACAAAUCAAACAUCGAGUGUUUUAAUUGUCAUCGCUAUGACCAUUACGCCUGGGAGUGUCAAAGUAAUCUCAUAGAGAAAAGUAAUCUCAUAGAGAGUAACAAUAAAGAAGAUGUGGAUCCCACUUUUCUUCUCGCAUGCAAAACAAAUUCGAAAGACGAGGAUAGCCGAUCGUAUCUUGACUCGGGAGCAAGUAGUCAUAUAUGCGGGAGACGAAAUUUAUUCUCGGAACUUGAUGAGUCUGUUGGUGGCGACAUAACUUUUGGAGAUUCUUCAAAAGUACAAGUAAAAGGGAAAGGUACGAUUUUGAUUCAUUUGAAAGCCGAGAGUCAUCAAGUUAUCUCCAAUGUCUUUUAUGUGCCUGAGAUGAAAAGCAAUAUUUUGAGUUUGGGACAACUUUUGGAGAAAAAUUGA